ACCUCUCUGGUUCGGAACCUGCCAAUGGCGGUAUCCAACUCAAAUUAAUGUGAACCGACCCCUUCCCAUUUGUCAUAUGCCCAUAUCUACAUAUGGACUUAUUUCCUAGACACUUGACGCUUCAUCAUUCGCAGUCUUCCAAAUACAUCAAUCCAUCAAUAUGCAGAUUCUGUCUCUUAUUCCUGGCUGUAGAAAUUUAACAUACAACUCCUUUUCAACGGGAAAGAAAAAGCAAAGAGAAAUUGAAAACCCAGUUCCUCAAAAGCGGAAGGAAGUGAAUUUUGUGCAGAGCUUGGCUCCACCUCUAAUGGCUGCUUUUGUUUCCUUAUCUCCCUUUUGCAACACCCCAGUGUCAUUAGGACAAACCUCUGCAGAUAUACAAAACGGGGCAACUUUGUUUAGUCGUUCUUGCAUUGGGUGUCAUCAUGCCGGUGGAAACAUUAUACAACCAGGCGCCACUCUUUUUAUGAAAGACCUGCAAAGAAAUGGCGUCGACACUGAGGAAGAGAUAUACCGCAUUACUUACUUUGGGAAGGGAAGAAUGCCAGGAUUUGGUGAGAAUUGCACCCCAAGAGGACAAUGCACUUUUGGGCUACGAUUGCAGGAUGAAGAAAUUAAGCUCUUGGCUGAGUUUGUGAAGUCACAAGCAGAUCAGGAUUGGCCUAACAACGAAAUUAUUCAAAACUGAUGAUUGCUUACCAUAAUCCUUAAAAAAAAAAAAAAAAAAAAAAAUUGUUCUCACUGAUAGGGUUUCUUUCUCCCAUCUUUCUUCUCUUAGUUUUAGUAGAGUUCCACGUCUAUGUGGGCCUUCCUCUUCCCCUCUGGGCAGGGGAACGCCCUCUCUUGACUCAGAGCAUGGGUAGUCCCUCCCCGCUUCCAAGUUCGGGUGUUAAUACCUCUUUUGGCUUGUGGUCUGUUACAUCUACUGUGUUUCAUGGUAAGGGCCUCCUUUGUAGAUUUUUAUCAUAGUUUUUGUUCUAGGUUAAUAUGGCUGAAGCAUAGAGGCGAAGGCCUUUGCUGUGUCCAGGAUGGUAGUUGGAUAAGGUUUAAUCAGGCUGAAGGUAGUAGGUCUCGAUGUUGUCCAGCGCCCCCUUUCGAAGAUCAGUUUCGGCGUCCUCGAUUGGGUGGCUCAGUGCAGGUAGCUUGGUCUUGAGAUGGGCACUUUAUCUUCUUAGGCAGUAGACGAGGUAACAACCUAGCUACUAGAUUGCUCUCUCUAGGUCUUGAGCUCUCUAUAUUUAAUCCUUUGUGCUUUGACUUAGGCUUCGUAGUUUUUGGCUCUGUCCAUGUUGUUUUAAAGGUGUCAAUAGUCAUGGGUUGUGCUUUUGGGGUGCUCCCUCUUAUCUGUUGGCGGUGCUUUGUGAUGGAGCUCAGGUGGAGGUUUUCGAGAGAUUUCCUCUGGUCCACCGGUGGACCUUUGGGUUCAUCUUUUGGGCUUUAAUUGUUAUUAUUUUUCAUUGUAUCGUGUUUGUUUGGACUUGUGCUCUUUCGGUACUUCCUUUAAAUUAAUGCAAUCCUAAGGCUAAAGGAGCAGUUCACAUCCACUUUCUUUGGUCAAGCUAACAACUUUACCUGUUGGGUCUUAUAGCACACUCUUUAAGUGCCACCAAUGCCUCUUGCUCUCGUAAUGUCAAUACUUCUUCUCUAGCAAGGAGUUCCAUUGAUGUUCUAGCUUUAAGUGAGACUUUUUUUUUUUUUUUUUUUUUUUUUACAACUUUCUGGGUUCAGUUUACUUUGCUUUUUUUUUUUUUAAUUAUUAUUAUGAUUAUCUGAGUGCUGCUAGACAUGGUUGUUGGCAAGACUCAAAGGAUAUGUGUUGUAAAUAGACCCAGCCACAUUUUGGUCUAAAAUCAGAAUUGAAUUAAAACUGGCCUGAUUAAAAUGGGUCCAUAAUCAGUUAAUGAUUUUUUAAA